UGACGUUGGAAAUCUCCCUGAGAAGUACCAAAACCUCUGGGGUUUUUUUAAAAAUGGAAGCGAAAAUGCCACUUGCCACUCUCGAAAUAGCCUGAAACGAGAAUCUGUCUACAAGUCACAGAUAUGUCUCUGGCCCAGAGGGUCUUGCUAACUUGGGUCUUUACCCUUAUCUUUCUUAUCAUGCUGGUACUUAAACUGGAUGGGAAGGUACAGUGGAACUGGUUCCUCAUCUUCCUCCCUGUCUGGGUUUUUGAUGGUAUCCUCAUCCUCAUGCUCGCCGUCAAGAUGGCUGGCCGCUGCAAGCCUGGCUACGACCCGCGCAACGGCUCUCCAGACCUGCGUCUUCGUGCCUGGUACCUGACGGCCAUGUUACUCAAGCUGGCCUUCAGCCUCACAUUGUGUGCCAAACUGGAGAAGCUGGCAAACGUCAAGCUGACAUUUGUCUGUAUACCGUUGUGGACUAUGUUGCUAGGAGCUUUGGUGGAGCUCGGCAUGAAUAUUUUCCCUGAAAGGAGAGAGGCUUAAGGAGAGGAAAUCACGGUGUCAGACUUGAACGUGAAGCAUCGAAUGAAGAGAAACCUAAUGUAAGAAUGAGAGAAUGGGGUGAUUAGUGGACUAAUGGUGUGCGUAUACCAUUGUGGGCUGUGUUGCUGGAAGCUUUGGUAGAACUGGGCUAGACAUAUUUCAGGUGUCAAGGGGGGCUCAAGGAGAAUCAAAUUGUAUAAAAAGAACAGUAUUAACCCAAUGACUGUGUGACCUCAUGAAAAAAGAUAAAUUUUAAUUUGUGGGUCUACCUCAGACUACUUAAGUAGGAGCGUUGAUGGAGUUUUGACUCCAUCAACAUGGAAGAUAGCUACAUCAAAUGGCAAACAGCACAUUAAGAAUCAACCCAUUUGACAGUUGCAAAAACUCCGCAAAAUAACAGGGCUCAUUUUCUAAGUAUUGUUUAAAAGAAGGUAGGAAGGGAGUCGUUCUAAAGACUCGCCUUUUGGAGCCCUGUGAGAGACUACUGUGAAGCAUACACUGGAAAGGACAAUGUGGUCCAGCAAUGGUCGUCUUUUAAUUUGUCAUCUGUAAUAUCCAAUCUCCUGCUGUAGACACUGACACUGUAUAUAGUAAGCUAGCACAACCAACUGCUCUCAUUUCUGAAUGUUGAUAGGAGGGAAAAAAGCAGUCAUUUAAAGAAUUUGAGGACUGACUCUGAUUAUAUGCUGUGAAUUUUGAGGGGGCCAGGGGAUUUUUCACAUUGUACUAUUUUAUAAUAUAGAACAUACGUCAUUGUGAAGGAUUUCAAAAACAAAAUAAGUCACCAGUGUUUUGUGUAGGGUUUGAAAAUACUGAGUUACAGCAUGAGUCAGUGUGAGAACCAGUAUCCAUAGCAGAUCAUGGUCUUAAUUCCAUGCAAAUUAUCUGGCUGACCAGGCAAUCCAGUAUCCAGUACCCCUCCAGAGUUUUAUCAUACAGGCUAAACCUUUUAAACGGCAUGUUUCCUUAUUCUUGCCUCGUGUGUUACUUAUACUAUGUACUGUGAGCCUCAGUAUAUUGUUAGUAUCUCUGUACUAAUGUCACCAAGACAAAUUCCUGUGCAGAUAUAAGUUUGCAGUUGAUAAGAUUCCUCUGUGUUGACGAUACACACAAAAUUAUUGGCCCCUUUGACCCGUGCAGUUAUUGGACGUGGUGAUUUUAAAAGUACCGUCUGCUAAAAACAAUCUACCUGAAAUGCGUUAUGUCACACUGAAAUAUGAUGUUAUCAUUAGAACAAAAUAUCCUCCAUUGUGAUGUGAAACGUCACACUGCCUGUAAAUGCUCUCCAGCUGCCAGAGAAUUACUUUUCAUCAGCAGUUGGCCUUGUGGCUGUGUUGAUUUAAAAGUGUGUGCAUGGGGACAUUUCCCAUUUCAGUUAUUUAGUAACAAUACUUGCAUGGGGACAUUUCCCAUUUCAGUUAUUUAGUAUCUAUACUAACAGCUGAGAUUGUGCAUGAAAACAAAAAAUUGUCUUUGUGCAAUUUGGUUUGUGAGUCCCAUUAUAAUGAUUGCUCAUUAUUUCACUGCUCUUUGCAUCAUUUUGCACUACAA